AUGUGCAGCAAAGCGUUUCUCGCCCUGCUGCUUUAUGGGCUGAUUAUGCACUGCAGCGUCUACUGCUCACCUGCUGCUGCCGCUGCUGCUGCUGGACUUCAGUACCCCGCGCUGAGGCUGGAAGAUGAAAUGUACGACGAAGAGGGCAACACUCUUUCGGACUAUGCCUUUGACAGCGAACCCCUCAGUAUAGCCGACCCUUCCUCCAUGCUGGACGACAUGUACACUUUGUAUUACCCGCCGGACAAAAGGCGUGCAGAUGAGCUACUUAACAAAGCGUACAGGAAAGUGCUGAACCAGUUGUCUGCAAGGAAGUAUCUGCAUUCUCUGAUGGCCAAGCGGGUGGGUGGGGCCAGUAGCCUGGAGGACGACUCAGAACCCCUUUCCAAAAGGCACUCGGAUGGCAUAUUCACAGACAGUUACAGCCGCUAUCGAAAACAAAUGGCUGUCAAGAAAUACUUGGCAGCAGUCCUGGGUAAAAGGUAUAAACAAAGAGUUAAAAACAAAGGACGGCGAGUAGCUUAUUUGUAG